GAUUUUCAGUUGACAAAACAAAAGAAUAUAUACUUCGACUGCCGGCCAUGAUUAAAAGUAAAGAGGAUAUCAAGAUAGUUUACUAUUAUUUGAGCAAGUUAUUCAAAUGUAUUUUUAAAUGCUCCUACUUUGAAGACUAUAUAAUCAAUCCAGAAGUGAUUGAAUUAUUAUUCGGGGAAGCCAAACAAUUUUAUGUUCAAAAUUGUAAUAUUUCUGCUCAAGAAUACAAUAUUGACAUUUUAAUGGAAUUUAUUUUGAACAAUUUGGUUUGCGAAUAUCAUCGACUUUCUUUUUGGAUAUUUGAUAUUGACACUAUGAAGAAUUAUAAAAAUGAUUUGUUCAAAAUUUUAUUAUAUGGAGGAGACAAAUUUCGAAAAGAAGUUUAUGUGACGUUAUAUUCUACCCCAGGAUUUACCAAAGAUGUUUAUAAUCAUAUUGUUGAAUAUGUGGCAACAUCUAAAGACUUUUCGAAAAUGGUACCUGUCAUUAUUCUUCAUUUUGAUAGUUGCACAACUCUUAAAUUACACGACAAAGCAAAAAAUGCUGAAAUUAAGAAAUCAGAUGAUACAAAAUCUACCACUUAUCAAGUUGUCAACAUUCACGAUCCAACGGUUAAAUUCUCGUUUUGUAAUGAAGAGAGCUUUUACGUUAAAAUUAAAAUUAUGAAGGAGUAG